UCCAGUUCUCACGGAUGUUCGUCUGCAGUGCACCAAAAGUCCAAAAGUCCAAAACUGUUUUUGAUUUCACGUCACUCAUAGCUCAUAGCACAGAAUCACAGAUGUUGAGUCUGCCAUUAGAAUAUUGUUGCAAAAUUUCAAUCAUAAUUGUUGGAUUGUAGUUAGCAUUUGACAAAAGAGUUCGUUCACGUAAAAGUUUGCUUUUGUUUCUCUAUUGCAUUGCCUGUGCCACCUGUGCUAUACCCGCGGAUGUCCCGUUACCCUCAUAAAGUGGUUGAAACAAAGCAGAAGCAGUCAAAUCAAAGCAGCAGCCCAUCUGACCAGAGCACAUACAAAAAUGAGUUCUCCAAUAAAAUUUUGUUGUGUGCUUUUAUUACGUCAAAAUCACCCCACCAUUUAGUUCCAAUGCAACAGCAGCAAGUACAGUGUGACUGUUGAAGCACAGACUACGAAGUGGUUGAAGCUACCUCUACUUCAUAAAGAAUUCAAUCACAUAAAACAAGUACUUAAUGAAGUGACAUCUCAAACAUUAAGUGUACAGUGCCAUCAACAUCUACAGUCUACAUGAACUCAAAUGUUUGUCUAAAAUACGAAGAAUUCCAAUCUCCAGAAUACAUGGGAAUUGACUUUCAGACUGCUGAUUCAUUGCUAAACUCAUCUUUGCAGAAAAAAGUGACUUCCAGGAAGAAAUCGCUGUGGUGACCAAAUUCUUCCCAUAUGUGUCACUAGUUCACUACUCGAGCCCCCGCCAAAUGAACUUUUGCUACAGUUUUUGCCAAGACGGAACUUGAAAAGCCACUUUAUCACAAGCUAUUCUGCUUGAGGCAACAGCAAUUGCUUUAUGGAACUCGACGAACAAGUUGCUGGUGAUAAAUUUAAAACGAUCGCCAAACGAAAGUCUUGGAUCCAAGCCGUCAAUCAAAAUCUCUUGUCUACCGACCCGGAUCUUCGCGUCCUCUUGAUCCUGGUUGCUUGCAUCCGCCCUGUUGUUUUCUCCACUCUUCUUCCCAAUGCGAAAGGGUUGGCAUUGCAGUUACCAAUACGUUCUAUUGUUAAUACCUUCAAAUGUAUUGUGCUGUUGGGUCUGAUGCUAAAUCAACAUGGAACUGAAGCACAACGUGGCGGUUACUCAGCUCCCCCUCAAGCAUCACCAUCUUCCAGCUCAAAUUAUGGUGGUGGGAAUACUGGAACUCAUUCAGGAGCUGGGUCAUCUUACCAGCAACAUUCGCAAUCUGCUUCGCCCUACCAGCAACAAGCCCCAGUUGCUCCUCCAACCUAUCAACAACCUGCUCCGUCUUACCAGCAGCAGUCCCAUUCGGCUCCUUCUUACCAGCAACAAGCUCCAGCAACUUCAUCGUACCAGCAGCAAGCACCAGCGGUUCCAUCGUACCAACAAUCUUCUCCAUCGGCCUCAUCUCAUCAACAGCAACAUCAUGCUCCAGCGGCUCAGUCAUACCCACAACAAGCUUCCUCAUCACCAUCAUACCGGCCACAGGCCCCUGUAGCUCCAGCCCCGUCUUAUCAACAGCAUGCUCCAGCCGCUCCGUCGUACCAACAACCCGCUCCGGCAGCCCCGACCUACCAACAGCCGGCCCAAGCGGCUCCAUCCUACCAGCAACAGCAAGUACCCGUUGCUCCUCCAGUCUACCAGCAGCAACAGGCCCCUUCGAUCCCAUCUUAUCAGCAACAAUCGGCCCCAGCGGCUCCAUCGUAUCAACAGCAGGCUCCAGCUGCCUCUUCCUAUGGCGGGGCUUCUCCUCAGGCCGGAGGAGCUUACUAGAAAA